AUGGUAACGGCAGGGGUAAGUCUACAUUAUGACAAGUUUCAAGCCUCCAGGGCCAUUAAUUAUUAUGAAGAUGUGGCUACAGAGUGGACACUUUUUAAGAAACAGUUUCUGUUGUUCUUGAAGGCAACUGAAGCAACGGGAAAGGCUGAAGAUGUGAAAAUUGCUCAGCUCAUGAAUGUUAUUGGAGCCGAGGCUCUGUCGGUCUAUUACACUUUUAAGCUAGGGCCUGAGGAAAAUUUAACCCUCGAUCAAGUCAUCAAUGCGUUUGAGGCUCAUUUUACGCCUAACACUAAUGUUGUGUAUCAGAGAUACCUAUUUUUCAGAAGGUCUCAGGCUGAUGGGGAAUCGUUUAAUAGUUUUUUGACGGACUUACGUAAACUUGCUAUCUCAUGUGACUUUGGGGAUCAAGAGUCAAAUUUAAUAAGGGAUAGGAUUGUCAUGGGAAUCAACGAUAACUCGACUCAAGAAAGACUUAUACGAGAAACUAACGUAAAACUUGAUGACGCUGUUAAGUUUUGUAGGCUAAUCGAGUCUAGUAGGGAGCAUGUAAGUAACAUAACCAAAGACAAAGUGGUUUUUUCUGUUAAUGAUAAAUCUUCAACUACGCAAGCUCCAGUAAUUAAGGAAGAAGUAGUACAUGAGGUGGGCCUACGUCAAAGGAAAGGUAACCAAUGGGGCCCAGGAAGUGGACAGUUUAAUGCAUUGGGCUAG